AAUUCAAAACGUUAAUUUUUCACACAGAUAACAUAUCUAGAUGUUCUCUAUAACAUUAAAAACUCUUCCCUUUUUGAGUUCAGGGCCACUUUAAAAUCAUGGUAUGCGCCAUAUGGUUUCUUAUUUCAUUGUGAUCUGCAGUAGUGUCCAGGGGCGGACUGACCAUUUGGAAACUCGGGCACUGCCCGAGGGCCCGGGAUGCCCCUGGUACCUUUUUCAUUGCCUUUUUUGAGUUUGGGCAAGGACACAGGGGCCCCAUAAUCCCCUAUUGCCCGGGGG